AUGGCGACAGAGAAUAUCGGAGCGCUUUACGCCGGCCGUCUGAUUAUCGGGUUCGCAAACGGUUACUUCAUGACUUUCUCGCAGCUCUAUCUACAGGAGAGUAGUACGGCAGAGCUUCGUGGUAUCUUCCUCACAGGCUUCAACUUUUUCGUCUCCUUCGGAACAUUGAUAGGCACGAUUGUCGACUGGGCGACUGCGAAGCGACCAGACAAGUCAGCGUACCUAAUUCCACUGGGACUCAUCUACGUGUUCCCUCUCAUCAUCAUCUGCACGAUAUGGUUCAUACCCGAAAGCCCCCGAUGGCUCAUCCUCCAAGGCCGUUUCGAAGAAGGUGUAAAAGCACUAGAAUGGCUACGCCCCGCCCGCCAUGAUUCCCGCGCAGAAGCCACCGCCAUCCUCACCGCAAUCGAAAAGGAAAAGGAAUCCAGCUCCGGCAUAGGCUGGCUCGACAUGUUCAGCAACCCCGUCGAUCGACGCCGUACUUUCCUCGCCGUUUUCGCUGUCCUACUGCAAGCAGCAUCAGGUUCCAUGUUCAUCAUCGCAUACAAAGCAUACUUCCUCUCCAUGGCCAAAGUAACCGACCCCUUCGCCAUGUCCAACGUCCUCUCCUCCAUCAGCAUAAUCGCCUUCAUCGCAAACUCCUUCAUAGUAGUCCGCUACGGCAACCGCCGCGUCCUGCUAAUGACCGGCCUCCUCGUCUGCGGCAUCCUCCAACUCAUCAUCGCAACCGUAUACCACCAAGCCCCCAACGCAAAGUCUACCGGAAAAGUCACCGUCGGCCUAACCGCCAUCUACAUGUUCUCUUACAACGGCAUGAUAUCCACCUACGCCUGGCUCUCCGGCGGCGAACUCCCCACGCAGAGACUGCGUUCCCAUACGUUUGGGCUGGCGGCCAGUGCGGGGUUUGUGGGCGCGUGGCUGACGACGUUUACGGCGCCGUAUUUUAUUAAUCCGCAGAGUAUGAAUUGGGGACCGCGGUAUGGGUUCAUCUGGGCGCCGAGUUGUGCCGUGGCGGCGACGUGGGUUUUCUUCUUUUUGCCAGAGGUGAAGAAUAGGACGUUGGAGGAGAUUGAUGAGAUGUUUGAGGCUGGGUUGUCGGCGAGGCAGUUUGGGAGUUACAAGUGUGUGGGGGCGGCGAGGGGGGAUGAUGAGAGGAAGGUGGCGAGGAGUAGUGUGGAGAAGGAGAAGGAGGUUACGGUGCUGGCGAGUGAGAAGGUGGCUGCUGAGACGAGUGUGUCGAGGGAUUAG